AUAAAAAUGAAGUUGGUAAUGUUUGUGUUAAUUGCAAUUAUAAUGGUAAUUAUAGCAAUUAGGGGUUCAUUAGCACAACCUGAUGCAGGAUGUUUACUGAAGAUGUCAAAUUGUUUGGGUAAUGUAACAACACAAAGUUCUAUACUUGGAUGUUGUCCAAUUAUUAAACAAGAAAUAGAUAAUGAAAGAGAAUGUUUUUGCUUGUUAAAUCAAGCUGUGCAACAAAACCAAACUACAAUCUCUGAAGAAGUGGAUACUAUUCUCACUUUAUGUAGCAUUACUCAUUCUUUUCAAACCUUAUGCCCUGCUGGGAGUUCAAGUUGUUGGGAUAGGCUUGCAAAUUGUACGAGCGGUAGAUCUUCGACAAGUGAUAUAUCAGAGUGUUGUCCACUCCUCAAAGAAGAAAUAUCAGAUGAAAGAGAGUGUUUCUGUGCAGCCAAGUCUAUUCUUCUUGAAAAUCCAUCUAAUGCCGACUCUAUUUCUCAGUUUCUCACGCUUUGUAGCGUCUCUUCUUUUGACACUUUGUGCCCUGGUACUCCAUCAAGAGAUCCUAGUCCUAGUGACGCUGACACCCCUUCAGGUCCUCCUUUAAGCCCUCGUGGAUCUUUAUUUUCAUCACCUCUAGGUAAAAAUAGCAGUCGAAAUGAGAGCGGAGCAAAAAUCUUGGGCAAAAACAGUUGUAAUAAGUAUUCAAAUUCACUUGGACUACUUCCUAUUUCCUUUUUGUUCAUUUGGGCGAUGUUCCAAUUUUUCGCUUUCCUAUAAUUUUAUAUGA